AUGGAGAAACUGAACUCAUUGGGAUCCAGUUUACCACCUGAAAGGCCCCCAACUGAUCAGGCAAUCGAGUCGUUGAGCGGAGAGCUCUCGCAAGAGUUCAAAAUAGCCGCCAACGCGGUUACAAAACUAUACCGGGUCGCGAAUGAGAGGAAUUCUCUGCUCAAACAUCGAGGGUAUCUCCAUUGUAUAGAAGAUCUGCUCGCCUUGAUGCGUGAAGAACCGGCUUUGUCGGUCGAAGAUAUCCAUCUGUGGUGUCUUCGACAGAGAGGCGAAUUACUACCCUCGCAUCAAACUACGGGGAACAACACAGACCAAGGCAAGAAUUCUGGAUCUCCACGUUAUGACUUUCAUUUCGAUAAUUCAACCACGAAAAGCAGUGGUUCCGAGGUUCCUCAUUUUAGGUUGUCUACACCGCCUUUGAGCGUGGAACAUACGAAUGUUCAAUCCAAGUCAAAAAAGACAAGAUGGAACGUCAAGAAGCACCAGAAUUGGAAGAACAAUAAUCAUACGACCAAGGAAACGGAUUAUUCCUCAAUUUCAUCACCAGAGCAAGACAUCAAUGAUCGUCAAAGAAGAGCCAUUGCUCAUCCAGGCUCGACGAAGAAGCAAAAAGUGGUGACGACAACGCAUCCAAGUACUAGAAGAGUUGAAUAA